GUUUGAUUAUUGCCUGAAAUAUCUUUCAGAAGUUUGAGAGAUUAUCGAUGAAGGGUUUAAUGCUUACCUGAAAGAAAUGAUGAGCCUUUAGGGACUAAGCCUGCUUCCUGACUGUCAUGACUGAGUAGACUAAGAAAGGCAACUGCAAGCGGCCAGUGUUGGUUCUUCAGAAUGAAGCACUUUAUCCGCAGCGGCGCUCCUAUACUAGCGAGGAUGAAGCCUGGAAAUCUUUCCUGGAAAACCCUCUUACCGCAGCAACCAAAGCGAUGAUGAGCAUCAACGGAGAUGAAGACAGUGCAGCUGCCCUGGGCCUGCUCUAUGACUAUUAUAAGGUUCCAAGAGAGAGAAGGUCAUCAACAGCAAAGCCAGAGGUCGAGCAUCCAGAGUCAGAUCACAGCAAAAGAAACAGCAUACCAGUUGUGGCGGAGCAGCCCCUCAUUUCCGCUGGAGAAAACAGAGUACAAGUACUGAAAAAUGUGCCAUUUAACAUUGUCCUUCCCCAUGGCAACCAGCUGGGCAUUGAUAAAAGAGGCCAUCUAACAGCUCCUGAUACCACAGUCACUGUCUCCAUAGCUACGAUGCCUACCCACUCCAUCAAGACAGAAACCCAGCCGCAUGGCUUUGCUGUGGGAAUCCCCCCGGCAGUGUAUCAUCCUGAGCCCACCGAGCGUGUGGUGGUUUUUGACCGGAACCUUAAUAGUGACCAGUUCAGCUCUGGUGCUCAGCCCCCAAAUGCUCAAAGACGAACUCCAGAUUCUACAUUCUCAGAGACCUUCAAGGAAGGCGUUCAGGAGGUUUUCUUCCCCUCGGAUCUCAGUCUACGGAUGCCUGGCAUGAAUUCAGAGGACUAUGUUUUUGACAGUGUUUCUGGGAACAACUUUGAAUAUACCCUAGAAGCAUCAAAAUCUCUUCGACAGAAGCCAGGAGAUAGCACCAUGACAUACCUAAACAAAGGCCAGUUCUAUCCUGUCACCUUAAAGGAGGUGAGCAGUAAUGAAGGAAUCCAUCACCCCAUCAGCAAAGUUCGAAGUGUGAUCAUGGUGGUUUUUGCUGAAGACAAAAGCCGAGAAGAUCAGUUAAGGCAUUGGAAGUACUGGCACUCCCGGCAGCAUACUGCGAAACAAAGAUGCAUUGACAUAGCUGACUAUAAAGAAAGCUUCAAUACCAUCAGUAACAUUGAGGAGAUUGCUUAUAAUGCCAUUUCGUUCACUUGGGACAUCAAUGAUGAAGCAAAGGUUUUCAUCUCUGUGAACUGCUUAAGCACAGAUUUCUCUUCACAGAAGGGUGUGAAGGGGUUACCUCUUAACAUUCAAAUCGACACCUAUAGUUACAACAACCGCAGCAACAAACCUGUGCACCGGGCCUACUGCCAGAUAAAGGUCUUCUGUGACAAGGGAGCUGAGCGGAAAAUCAGGGAUGAAGAACGAAAGCAAAGCAAGAGAAAAGUUUCAGAUGUUAAAGUGCCACUGCUUCCCUCUCACAAGCGAAUGGAUAUCACGGUUUUCAAGCCCUUUCUUGAUCUUGACACUCAGCCUGUCCUCUUCAUUCCUGACGUGCAUUUUGCCAGCCUGCAGCGGGGCACUCAUGUCCUUUCCAUUGCCUCAGAAGAAUUGGAGGGUGAAGGCUCUGCCCUGAAAAGGGGGCCAUACAGCACAGAAGAUGACUUUGCUGUCUCACCUCCGGUUAAGCUGGCGAGGACAGAAGAGCCAAAGAGAGUACUGCUCUAUGUUCGAAAAGAGUCAGAAGAAGUCUUUGAUGCCCUGAUGCUCAAGACUCCAUCUUUGAAGGGCUUGAUGGAAGCUAUCUCAGACAAAUAUGAUGUUCCCCAUGACAAGAUUGGGAAGAUAUUCAAGAAGUGUAAAAAGGGGAUUCUAGUGAAUAUGGAUGACAACAUUGUGAAGCAUUACUCCAACGAAGACACCUUCCAGCUGCAAAUUGAGGAGGUGGAGGUGGGAGGUUCCUACAAGCUCACCCUGACUGAGAUCUAAGGCCAGCAGCGCACAUCCCCCCAUCAGUUCCAUGAAGGUGUUUCUAGGUCUUAGGGUUUGGCAAGCGCAGCUGCCCCCUCAGUCAUCGGCAAGCACAGGCGGGUGGCAAGGGACACUGGAGCUACAUCUGGCUUGGUGGUAGCAUUUAAUCUGUUGCAUUGGCGUUUUUCAGACGGCAGAAAAAUCCACAUACCAUAAUAUGGUUGAAUUUUCUGAUAUACUAUAAUUUAAAGUGAAAACUAUUCUAAGACUUAACAGAGUCUCCGGGAACCUUUAGGGUGUCUGUUACCUUAUUUAUCAAAAUUGGGAUAUCUGUGUUGUCCCUGCAAUGUUAGUGGGCCUACUCACUAGUGAAGUCUGAAAAAGCAGUAGGUGUGGCUUUAAGGAUUUGGUGCCCUUGCCUGAACUCAGUAUGACUCCACUGUCUCAGGUUAGUGGGAGCACACCUGAAGAGUGAGGGGAACCCUUUCUCCCCCACCCUCUCAGCCUCCACCAAAUGUUUACUAAAAGAGGGCAUGUUACUGAAAUCUUCCUUCAACUUUCUUGGACAUAUUUGACUGCCUUUCUUAUGAAGAAUUAAAUGGGUUACAGUAUGAAAUCAGUUAAGAUAAAGCUGCAUUGUAUAUAAGUGCAAUAUAUUUUUGAAGGUCUGUGUCUGUAAAUGUGUACAUACAUGUCUUAUAUAAAUAUAUAAUAUAUAAAUAUGGUGUCUGUGUACAUACAGUGAAGAUAUGCAGUAAGAUCUACCUUAAAAGACUUUCCCUAGACAAAAAGUUAAGUUAUUUUCGAUGAUGUCUACCAAGCUGAUAGAAUUCUGUGCUUAGUGGAACCCACUAGACACCUUUUCUCUGUGUUUUCCCAAACACAAGCAGUCAUUCUAUAGCAUAGCAAAACCUUCUCAAGUGACAGAGAUUCCGUUUGCUAUUGAGAAUGUUGUUAUCUGGAUUUCUGCACUGUUUAACAAAUGAAGUAAAAGAAAAAAACUGUUGCAAUUCAUGUCUGUUGUAUAUGUUAGUAUCAGUCAGAUAGGGAGUAAACACACACAGUCGUUACAGCACACAUACUGCAAUUAUGGUGUACCCGGUGAUACGACUUGGAAUGGAGUUCUUCCUAGUAUUCCUAUUAUGAAAUGAUUUUUUAAUCAUGUUUCAGAGCCUUCAAGCUUUGAUCUUGUAUGUUAACAAUUCUAGAAAGCAUUCAUGAGUUUAUGAAAAUAUAUUACCAUGGCAGGGGAGCAAUUUUGUACACAUGUUUAAAUAUAUAAAAAUACUAAAAAAUGUAAUUUUAUUAAAAAAUCACGGGUAUCUUUAGGUUCAGGGAAUGAGAAUAGGUCAUUUGUAUAAGUAGGAUUGAUAGUUACAUUCUUAGGUUAAAAUAUUCUAAUGAAGUAUGUGAACUAAAUUGCUGGUUUCCUAAGAUAUCCUGGGACAUGGGUCAUACAACUAUUUUAUAUUUUGUUUUAUGAAAUUGAUCUGUCUUGUUUGUUGUUUUUAAUUGUAUCCUUGAAGAUGUAUUUCAAACCAAAGGGAUUAAAUUUUAUAUGUCUAUUUC